UCAGCCUCCAUUUGUGUGUGCCGUGUCUCUCCUCGUCUCCACCCCCAUCUCGCGCCCAUGUCGACAGCCCCUUCGGCCAAGGGUGGGGGAGGCGGAGGGUGGGAAGGGGCUGGGGGCUUCAACACCUGUCUUACAGCCGAUGACGCUCUCCCCUGUUCUUUUUCUUUUCCUCCUUUUAUUGUGGCUUUUCUGAGUUUUUAUGCUUGAUUUCUUACUACCGUAGGAACAAAAGCGUUUACUGCUCUCUGUCUCUUCAUUUCCUAUAAGUCUCAUUAUUUUCAGCCCCCCCCCGCUCCUCGUUCUGUCUGUACGUGUUAGACGGCAGUGAUUGCAGUUUAUAUUGUGGUAUGGUGUCCCCUCUCCUUGUCAAACACUAUAAGAACAAGUGAUCAUUCACCAUUUCACGGUCAUGGUGUCAUUUGUCGGCGUACCUGAAUGUUUUUGUCUUAUCUGUAUUGGUAUGAUGUAAACCUAUUGUUGCUGUAAUGGUCCAUUAUAGACUCAAAAGAAAGAUCUUACGCUUCCUGUCAGCGAAAGGCAUUUGUCAUGAAACACCGAAAGCCAUUUUUCAUGUGCACACAAACACCCACAAACAUGCACACUCUUUUGCUAAAUGACUGGAACUGAUGAGCCGUCAGCAAUGGCCCAGGGAACGUGCUGUGGCAGGAAUUUAUGGAAGUGUAGUUAUCACAUGUGAUUUACUGAUAUGUACACUCCCAUGUGCUUUCACGUACACACAUAAAUACCCACACACCCACGCUGUUCUCAAGCUGCCCAUGAUGGAUGAUGAAGUGCCUGUCCCGGGGAUUGAUGGUUCUAACCCAGGGGUAGGUGAGUUGGGAAUUGAUGGUCAGGAUGAUGUACAGUUGAGGAGACAUGAACCCACUUUCACCGUGGGUCAAUGCUCGGCGUAGUCCCUCGGCAAGCUUUCUCCUCCUGUACAGAAUAAUUAAAGCUCAUACGCGCCUAAUCAUCGCGGUGAUCAACUUUCAAGCAAUUACGCAACAUCUGUUUAAUGCUGCUGAAUUCCUAUCUGGCUAAAACCGCCUUUCUCCUUCAGGAAAGGAGUUUUGACAAUCCUUCUGUGCGCUAAAUCAAAUGUGAGAUAAAUUGUGUGUCCUCAAAGUCUUGUUAUGACCUUGGAGAACUGUCAUAUUUCUUAAUCUCAAUCACAUGCAUCAUUUGAUAGAGCACACAUACCUGCAGGACAGCCAUUUGGAGUUUAUUAAGGGACAUAAAAUGAAUAUAAGCACCAUUAAAUUGUGGCAACAUGCAGAAUUUAUUUCUUUAGUUACACAAAUACACAAAAAAACAUUUAUGUGAUUGUUUUCCAUCAGAAAUAAAAAGGCUUUAUCUACCGUAGGUUACCUGUGGAACAUACCGUUUUCUUCUCCUCUUUCAAAAUCAAAAGACCUGCUGGACCUCCGAUUGACACACAGCGAACAUUUUUCCCACACCAGAAGAUUAUUUUCCAAACACGUAUUUUUCUCUGGCAUUGCCUGGAGCUGAGAGGCCUUCUUUGCCCUGAGCUAAAUCUUGUGUUCACCUGCUCCCCUUCAAGUGUAAGAAGCAUCGAGCCGCCCGCUGGCUUGGUUCCACAAGUCUCACCUUUUUAGAGUUGGAGGUCAGUUUAGGGUUAUUUUCAUUUAUAAAAAGUCUUUAAGGUCAAGAAAUACAAAGACGCAGACUGAAUAAAUAUGGUAGCUGUUAAAAUAUGUUAGCUGAUUAGCUAGAUAUUAAAUAAAAAAGUAAUGUUUCAAACAGCUACUUUUCUAGAUUACACAUUUGUGAGGCGUUAUCCAUUGGUAAAUGCCAUUUAUAAUAUAAUGACUGGUCACAGAUGAGUCAUGAUAAACCUUCCGUCUGUGCUCCUUUAAGCAACUACUUCCAAUGAAAACUUUAUGUAAAUGCGCCUUAAUGUACAUUUUAGGCUUUAAAACUUUUGCAUUCAGGCGUCGCUACACAACUUUCCUCAACCGCUUUCUGACACUAGGUAUAAUAUGUGCAUUGAAAGUUAAACCAGGCUCAACUUUGACCAAUCAGGGACUUGGAUUUGGUAGUGACGUAUAAAUAAAGUGCCAACCUUUUGAAAAUUUUACAUAAAGUAGAAAUUAAUAAUUGUUAUUUGUGCCCAAACUGAAGGAUAUGACACAGAGGCUGCGUGUUAAUUCCAUCCCUACGGACUAUAUAGUGUGUUUGCCAUUUUGUAGAGGUGUCCUAAUCUACAAUUUAAAAACUGAGUACACUAGAAAUUUCCCAGAAGUCUUUGCGAAGAACUAGUGUGCAUCGAUGCUCACUACAUUGGCGAAUACAGACCACAAUGCAUUACGGUCAAACAAUUUUUGCGGAAAAAAAAACAUGUUUAAAUGUAUUUUUUUAACAAACCAUCCAAAUUUUCAUUAAUAGAUGUUGUGAAGUGUUUUUAAUGAUUAGAUUUUAACUUCGUGACAUCAGUGACUUCAUAUCUGGUGUUUAAAAAAACAAAAGAAAAGUAGUGAGUGUGGUGUCCAAAUCGCUUUCAAAGUUCAGGGCACUAGAUAGUCCCGUACUAUAUAGUUUUUUAAUAGUUAAGGAUUAGGGCAUAGCCAAAGUUUUCCAAAUAUCGAAUUAGUAUGGUGGCCCAGAAGGGUCACAACACAACCCACGACAAUAUGUCACAAAAAAACAAACAACAAAAAAAAAAAAAAACAACACACUGGGUCACAACACUUUAAAUUUGCAACACGAUGCACUAUAGUUAGUCACAACCAAAAAAAAAAAAAAAACCCGCAUCACAACACAGCACUUUAAUUUCAUAAAACAAAACGCUUCAAUUAGUCACAACAGAAAAAAAAUUAACACACAACACAAAGGGUCCCAACACAACAUUUUAAAUUCGCAACACAAAAAAUUAACUCACAUAACAACACAGAAGGACCUAACACAACACUUUAAAUUUGCAACACAACACUAUAAUCAACUCACAACACAUUAUGUUCAAACAAAAGUUUUACUGCUUUUAUUCUGAAAUUUCCAUGAGCAGGUAAUGGGUGACUCUUUUAGGUCACUGCAGAAUGGAGCUUUGUUUUAACAAAAAAUAAAUAAAAGCAAGAUUUACAAGAUUUGACAUUUCACGCCAAGCCUCUUGGUGGCGGAGAUGUUCUAGUAAACAGUAGUGUGAACCCCAUAUGCAAAAAGUUCAAGAAUGCACUGAGUGCAUCGUUAAACGGGUGUCACGUGUCCAAUGUGAAUGUAGUUUUAUUGAUAUCCAACCUAAAUGUUUUUCUUUUAUAUAUUGGCAUCUUAGAAGACUGGAGUGAGUCAUAGAAAACAUUAAUAUGUUGAGAUAAAUUAGUGUUCAUGUUGAACAUUUAGCUAUUCUAAUGACUUAAACACACAUAACCUCACACAAAAAGCUAAAAAAAUGUUCAAAGUGAAAAGCACUCAACUAUUUACCUAUAUUUUGUCUAUUUCCCAGCUUGUCCUGUUGCUCUAAAAAUUGUUUUCAGUUUGCGUUUAUUUUCCUCUCUGAUUGUUUGAGCUUUGAACAUUUCUGAAUAUAAGAGCAAAAUGAUCAGGAUAACAAGUAAGGCGAGCUAAUAUAUUCUUGGUGGGGAUGGGGCCUACCGCCUGUUGUGUAUGUGUGUGUGUGUGUGUGUGUGUGUGUGUGCAUGUUGUUUGUGUGUGUCUGUGCAUUUCAGAGCCACAGCUGAAAGGCAUCGUGACACGACUGUUCAGCCAGCAGGGUUUCUACCUGCAGAUGCAGCCGAAUGGAACCAUCGACGGCAGCAAGGACGAGAACAGCGACUACACUCUGUUUAAUCUUAUUCCUGUGGGUCUGAGAGUGGUGGCCAUCCAAGGCGUGAAGAGUGGCUUUUACAUUGCCAUGAAUGGGGAAGGCAUGCUCUACAGCUCGGAGAUGUUUACACCAGAGUGCAGGUUCAAGGAGUCUGUCUUUGAGAACUACUAUGUGAUCUAUUCGUCCACUGUGUACCGGCAGCAAGAGUCAGGCCGAGCCUGGUUCCUUGGGCUUACCAAGGAGGGGCAGGUCAUGAAGGGCAACAGGGUUAAGAAGACUAAGCCCUCAUCUCAUUUUGUGCCCAGGCCCAUUGAAGUCUGUAUGUACAGGGAGCCGUCCCUGCAUGAGAUAGAGGACAAGCACCGCUCCAGAAAGAGCUCAGGGACUCCCACCAUGAACGGAGGGAAAGCUGUCAAUCAGGACUCCACAUAGCACCAAGGAGAGGGGCUUCCAGCAGCAGAGGGGGCGUGGCUUCGUCCAGACCUAUGAGAAGGGGCCUUUGGAUUAUUUACCACCUCAACAACAUGCACCACUAUAUUCUUACCAGUGAUGGUGUUGCAGCGACAGCAAGGAGCGUCUGCUGUGUGACAUAAACAACAACAAAAAACUGAACUCUUGCCUGUGAAAACCUUUUAGAUGAAUUCAUAUAAACCAGAGGGGACAUACAAAUUUCAGUCAGAAGUUGACCAACAUUUUAUGCAAAAAAAAAAAGAGAAAAAACAAACUACAAAAAAAGCAGAAAAGCUGUGAUUAUGGAAUGAUAGUCUCCCUUCACGCAAAAAUGUGUCAUUUCCAAUUUAUGCUGUGAGAAACAAGCUUUAAUACAUUUCAAAUUUUCAUACAUGGAGACUUUUCCUAAAUGAAUUCUCACAUGACUUUUGGGGUUCAUUUAGUCGGUGAUAACUAUGACAUAAAACGAUAGUUAACUUGUCAUCCUGGUUACUUUUAUGUUAAACAAGUCUUGUUUUGUGAGGGCCUUUUCUUUUACCUCAUGUUUUCUUUUUCCCCUUCAGUCUUACGAGUGCUUCAGGUGGGAUGUACUUUACUCAGGUGUGUACUGUUAAAUCGAACAACUAUGACUUAUAGGAAAUGAAUAUUUCCUUCUUGUCAUGCUGUAGCGGGAUGGAACUGAGACAAGCAAUACAGUAAGGGGCAAUCCGAUGUCUUUCUAAGUGAAACUGACUUUAUUACAUUACUGUACACGGUGUGUUUUUCUGUUAAAAGAUACAAAGGAAGGCAUGGUAAGUAAACUUUAGGAUAAUACAAGCUUCAAAUUCAAUAAAAUGUAAUAAUUCAGUUGGAGAGUUACUUUUAGCAAUAUGAGCCGGGCCAAGAAUGCAUUUGCACCUUAAAAAAAGUUGUUUUUUGCUAGAACAGCUAAACAUCUAAUGAAAAUAUCUAUCACAAUAAUACCUCACGUGGAUAAGUUUGGAAAUUUCUAGGGAUGCAUCGAAUAUUCGGCAACGGAAUGUAUUCGCCCGAACAUUGCAAAAAAACCCCCCAAAACAAACAUUUGUCUUUGGUGGGAAUGAGGCUGAAUAGAGGCGUGAGAUUAUUGACCUCUUUUGCUUGCCAUACCCAAUCAACGUGCAUUGGCGAUCUAAAGGUACAUUCACACCGAUGGCGGAGGCGGACAGUUUCAAUGUUAAGUCAAUGGAACAGACACAACAUGAGGCGAUCUGAAGUCCCACUUGAGCGAUACGUGCGGCGCAAAGAUCUGGCAGCAGCUCAAUUUGAGCGACGAGGCGCGAAUUGGGCGGCGCAGGCAAAAUGUAAAUAUCUGAAGUUUGACAGGUCACUGCGUUGCAUCUGCCAAUCAGCUUUGGGAAUGUGACGUUUUCAGUGACUUGAUCAGCAGGUAAAAAUAAUAGUCCAAAGAGAGCGUUUUUCUCCUGAACCUCCAUCUUCCAUCUACCCGUUGGAACCGCGGGGUUUCAGAGCUCAUCUGGCUACUUUGGGGUGCAGGCUAGAUGAACACUGGAUAGAUCGCUGACUUUCAUUUCCGAGGCGGAGCUCACUCGAUUGGUGCAGAGGCUGCCAGCUCGAGCCUCAUCGAGAUAUUAAAAAAAACAAAAAAGAGGUCUCCUAAUUUUAUUUUCCCCCCCCAGGUUAAUGCGAGACAGUCAGCCUUCAAGCUCAGCCACAGAGACACAGAAACACAGUGGAAGCGGCUGUCAUACACACAUAGCCCCGGUACCAGAAAAAUCUUUUAAUAAUAAUUAUAUAAACCCAGAAAUGGAGACAUGAUUACUGAUGUAUUUGUAGAACUCUUCAUGAAUGAACUUUUUUUUAUUUCUCAACAUCUUUUGUGUCUUCUAUUCAUUUUUAAUGAGAUAUCCACAAACACUGUUCCUUAUAGCAAUCAUCCUAAAAACAUUAGCUCCUACAACAUGCGGCCACGGCGUAAAGCUGAGAGAACAGAUUUUUUGACAGGCGACGAGAAGCGAAAUUGUUGUGCAACAAAACAGGGGCGGGGCAUGGAAAGUUGUCGCGCUAAUCGCGUUCGGUGUGAAUGCACCUUUACGGCUACUGUAAAAUGUCAGCUGUGUGGAAAUAUUUCAAAGUGCUUGACAGCGAUAAAAGAUCUGCAGUUGGUCUAAAUUGUCGGGAGGGGGUUCAUCAACCGAAACCUUCACCUCGUCUUUUAUGUGGGUUUUGACAAAAUACUUUGUAAAGCAAUUUGAAGAUAUCUCAUGGUUUGUUUCUUUUCAUUUUGAAGCUGAAUUACUGUUUUUACUGGAAAGGCUUGAAGGAUGAAAUAUAAAGUAAAUAUGUUUUAUUUAUUCUGAGCUAUUACUCCAAUACUUAAAAAAUAAAGAGAAACUCAACAUCCUCAUUUAAUAUUUGGUCACUAUUUGGCCAAGCGUUUUAAUCAUUACUCUGGUAAAAUGUUCACUUCGGUGCAUCCCUAGAAGUUUCCAUUAAAUAAAAGAAGCUUUUGCUGCUUCACCAAGCAUGGAAAUGUUUUAAAAGUUUCCUCAGCUUGAUAGUAAAGGAUUGUCAACUUUUAAACUCUCCCAUUUGUGACACUUUUUGUUGCUAAUAUUAGAGACUCUGGUGGACAGGGUGCCUGACUGUUUAUUAGAAUUUAACAUAUUGAGCUCAUUACAACUCUCCCAUAACGAGGUUAGGUUAGCAGAUUCUGACAUGCUAACAUUUUUUUUCUUCCCUGCCUUUGUGACCCUUAAACCUCAUCCCUUUGGUGCAUUGUGGUCUGGAGCUUCUCUUCAAUAAAUCAACAUCCUGACUGGGCUGCUUAACUGACCGGUACACCUCUAAUAGUCUGCUGAGCUCAUUCUAAAUCCCAGAUUAGAUUGUCUAACUCAGGAAGUCCUCCAGAUAAUUCAGUAAAUGGAGCCAGACAUAAAGGAUGGCGAUCUCAUUUCCAGCACUUUUUGCACAUAAGCUGAUGUCUAAGGUUCGGGGUUUCGAUGUGGCCCAAAGAAAGGCUGGAAAAUACGACGAGAACCAGAAAGCAUGACCAUCGCAUGACUGUAAAAGUUUUUUUCUUUGAACUUGUGGAACAUUGGUCCAAAACUUUUAUAUGCAAUGUUUUGAUCAUUGUUUUAGUGAGAGUCUACACGUCUCUUCCACUGUAUAUCUGGUUGAAAACCUUUGACUUGGUUGGUGACAAGUAUGCAACAGCACACGGGAAAACAGGAGCGACUCUUCAUCAUGGAUUUGGGACGACCUUCCACCUUGAGUCCUGUGCUAACGCGAGAGCUAAUGCUAGAUUAGUUCAAAUUCCACAUUACCUACAGCAUUGCAGUGAAACGAGGAAUUUAGGAGGUGAAUUUGAAAGUCAAACGGAAAGACCAGCAAAUAAGUAUCUUUUUACAGAGAUUUAUAUUGGUGCAAAAGAUAUAAAAAUGCAUGAAACUGAAUGUGUAAUUGUCAGCUAAAGGAUGUGGAACGGGAAUAGGGGAAAAAAGGUGGUGAUGUGUAAAAACAAAAAGCAAAGCACUUUCUGUGGGCUAUUUGAUGUAUGAUAGAGUUAGCAAAGACUUUUGGUUGUAUGAGAUAUUAAAUAGAAUAUUUUUUAUGUUUGAAGAUGAUUUCACGGCAUUGGAACACACUCAUAUAUGCAUAACGAAUUGUGAGAUGACAAAAAAAAAUAUGCAUUGAUGAUAAAAUUCUGAAUAAAGUUAGUGAUUGUUUAAGAAUAAAGAGUAUAUUAUCAAAAA